CAAACAUCAACACUGUUGUCUUCCUUUUCAUUUCUAGAAACGCAACCGUAGGCAUUAGAAAAGUGAACGUGUAACAGAGAAAUAAAGGAAGAAAGACGUCCGCGUUUGAAUUGCGGACAUGAACAUGUGAUGUCUGGUCUGGCAAGUGUCAUCGGGCGAUCAAGAAGAACGGCAAGUGGAUGUCGUUGAUGGUGUGGCCCCGGGUCCACGGCUCAAUCAUCCUUGCGGUCUGAUUUUCGUCGUCGCGGCUUUCAUUACGUUGUCCUCGGCCCGGCCGGAAUAAGACGUCGCGUUCGGCGCGGACGAGAUUGGUCUAGCCGCAUGGGUGGUCUCCCGCCUCACCUCUCCCAGUCUUCCGACCUCUCUUCUUGUUCUUCUCUUCAGUCCAACACCGGCCUCCGAUCCUGCUGUUACUACUGCCGGACGCUCUCCUGCUUCUACGUUGUUUCCCCCAAAAAUCACACGAUGACAGGGAGCGCGCGAACCACCCUGUUGCCUAUCCUGCUAGACGAUGCGUGGGUUAAACCGGACGCGUAGCGACCGCUCUACUGCAGUUCACACGUGCUAAAGGAUUCCUAAUCGCUGUGCGAAUACUGUGAUGUAUAUUAUUUAGUUUAGUGUUGUGCAUGUAAUUUCAUUUUUGGUUGUGAUUAACUAAUUAAUGGGAUUUACCAAAAGAUCUAAUCCUGGCUAUUCAAGAGGAAAUUGUUGGCGGUAGCCCUAGUGGCAGUCUCCAACUAUUGGGCAGGGAUCUACACCCAGCAUACCGGCUGCCACCCCACAUGGAGUACCUUUAUUCCCUCCAGCAUUCCAGUAAUAAUUCUAUCCAUGGUUUGGGAAUAAGUUCUGAAUAUCUCAGCGCGAGAGGACUGACUGAAUUACAUCCAUCUUCCACGUUGGCAAGCAGUGAAUUCCCAUUUAGCAUAGAUGGUUCUCGUCUCAAUAGCCCUAGACCGGGCAGCAUACGGCAAUCUCGGAAGAGAGCGUUGUCGUCCUCCCCUUAUUCGGAUUCAUUCGAUAUUAACUCGAUGAUUCGAUUCUCCCCCAACUCCCUGGCGUCUAUUGUCAACGGUUCCAGGUCAUCAAGUGCCAGCGGUUCCUAUGGUCAUUUGUCGGCCGGGGCUAUAAGCCCUGCCCUCAGCAUGCACCCUGGAGUCCAUCUGCAGCAGAUACAAGCGCACAUAAUGAGGAGUGCAGGAACGUUACUACCUCUCCCUCAUGCGGCUCCACCUCCUCAUCCCAUGUACUCACUUGGGCAUCAUCCUUUACACGUAGCUUCACACAACAUUUGCAAGACUGAGACAAGUGAUAGAAAGAAAUCAGACGUGAGUACCUUAAUGCAGCUAGACACGGACUCAGCUUCAGUAAGAAAACACAAAAUUAAAAAAGAACCAUCCGUUGUUAACUGUAACGCAAACGAUGGACAGAACGACCCAACUGACCUCAAAGACGAACCAGGAGAUUUUAUUGAGACGAACUGUCACUGGAAAGACUGCGCAACGGAAUUUGCUACUCAGGAUGAACUAGUAAAACACAUCAACAACGAUCACAUACACGCAAACAAAAAGUCUUUUGUAUGUAGAUGGGAGGGAUGUUCGAGAGCGGAAAAACCAUUCAAAGCCCAAUAUAUGCUGGUGGUACAUAUGAGAAGGCAUACGGGCGAAAAACCUCACAAGUGCACGUUUGAAGGGUGCGUGAAGGCCUAUUCAAGACUGGAGAAUCUAAAGACUCACUUAAGGUCCCAUACGGGAGAGAAACCUUACACGUGCGAAUAUCCAGGUUGUUCAAAAGCAUUUAGCAACGCUUCGGAUCGAGCCAAACAUCAAAACAGAACUCACAGUAAUGAGAAACCGUAUGUUUGCAAAGCACCGGGAUGUACGAAACGGUAUACUGACCCUAGUUCGCUGAGGAAACACGUUAAGACAGUACACGGUGCUGACUUCUACGCCAAGAAGAAACAUAAAGGCUCAAAUGAUGGUCCGAAUGACGAUGGUCCUGCAGGAUUGGAUUCCAGUCCUAGAAGUGAAGACAUGCAGAGUCACAAGACGGCAAGUCUUAGUAGUCCCAGCAUUAAAUCGGAGUCUGAUGUCAAUUCACCUGGCCAUCAUCAACAAGGUAGUCCUUUGGGUGCCACGCAACUUGCUGGUGGUUGUCCUGAUGAUUUCACUAUCGAUCCGACCUCAAGGACAGAAGGAUUGGAUGAUCCAUAUUGCCAGUACGAUACAGAUUUACAAAUUGAUGAAUUGCCAGUUGUUAUCAGGGCUAUGGUCAGCCUUGGAGGACCCGACAGAGGCAGUGCAGCCGUAGCGGAACGUACUCCAAGAGUUAGAAUAAAACCUCCCAGACUCGCCGUGAAAACCCCAUCAAACAUUCCCAUGUCAAUUCCAGGAAAGAAAUUUGGAAUUAACGAUCUCAAUAUCAAAAUCAAUCAUCUUAAGAUGGAAGAUAGAGUGUCAUCAGGCGGUGUCGUACAAACAAACCUUGGCCAACAGAGAUUACACCCUUCAGGAAACCUGACACAAGUACAAAUGAGACGAGACAGCAGUUCAACUGUGAGUUCGUCUCACUACGGUAGCAUGAAAAGUGCGGACGCCAGUAGGAAGAGCAGUUUAGCUUCCCAAGCUUCUAGUAUGAGACCUGGAAUGGGACCUGGAUCCUACAAUGAUUCGGCAAUUUCAUCGAGGCGGUCCAGUCAACUUUCCACAGCCACAACAGGCGGUGCGUCAAUUCCCCCAGCACCUCCAUCACAUCUUCUGGUUGGACAAUUACAAAAAUUACAAUCUACUCCUUUAAGACCAAAUAGUGCAAAUUUGGUACUUCAGACACAAAACGCAUCUUUGCAACAAACUGCUAUUCAACAAACAUGGCUUAAUAGCAAUGCUGCCGAUAGUGUACGUGCUUCUACUAUGACUGCUACAAGCACGGAGACAGCUAGAAGGAUGUCUGAACCCUGUCAUACUAUGACUGACAGAAAGAGCCCUCCACCUCGACCAGCAUCGGUAACAUUAUCACCUCUGAAAGGAACACUUAGUUCGUCAGAAUUACAUCCCAAUCAGGCCGUAGUUUUGGAUGAAGUUGGAGAAGGUGAAAUGGUUGAAAAUAAAUUGGUUAUACCUGAUGAUAUGGUUGUGUAUCUCAAUCAAGUAGCAGAUAAUCAAAAUAACGACUUCACUCACAUGAGUUGGUCGGAUGCUACGCCCAAACCGCCGAAUCCAACAAUGCAAUCACAAUCAGCGUUUCCUCCAACUCCCGUACAGAAUCAAGCGCCAAACGUCAAUAAACCACCUCCGGUAGCAAAUAAUAUAAAUCAAAUAAUUCCCUCUCCUGGAAAUAUGACUCAAAUGAUUCAUUCACCUUCAACGAAUCUUAAUCAAAUGCUUCCGUCGCCUGCGUCUACCUUGAACCACAUGAUGCCCUCUCCAGGAGCGAACCAAAUGGUUCAUUCACCUUCAACUAACCUUAAUCACCAAGUUAUGUCACCACAGUCUGCAUAUAAUCAAAUGAUGCCAUCUCCUUCUGCAAAUUUCCAAAAUCCAAUGCUAUCGCCAGCACCGUCAAGUGUAAAUCAAAUGAUUCCUUCACCUGCUCAAAACACCAUGAACCAAAUGGUUGGAUCACCAAUGUCUGUGAGAUGUCAUCCACAACUAAUGUCUCCAAGCACUACUGCACAUUCGAUGCCAUCACCAGCCAUGCCACAAAAUCCAAUGAUGAACAAUCAAAUGAUGCCACCAUCGCAGUGCUAUAAUAAUAGACCAAUGCCAAAUAAUGGUUGUUAUAUCCAGCAUAGCAACAGUAAUUGGGACCAAAAUAGAAUGUGCCAAAACCAAAAUCAAAUGUCCCAACAUCAAAACAAUAUGUGCAAUGGUAAUCCAGAUUACAAUCAACAAUGUAGAAUACCACCCGUUAAUAACAGUUAUAUGAGUAAUAAUCAGUGUCAAAAUCAUCCAAACUACCAGGUGUGUAAUCAAAAUAAUGGUUAUUGCAAACCAAUGAACCAAAAUUAUCCAUGUAAUUCGUAUCAGCACAAUCAAAACUACACAUAUCUGCAAAACAUGAGUGAACCGUUAGCUUCACCAGCGAUGGCUACACCAGCUCCAACUGAGAUGAUGACGCAACCACAACAAGCCCAAAUGGUACGGCCUUGCAAUCAUUAUAACCAAUCUUGUUAUCAGCAGCCUUACAAUGGCUCAAGUCAAUGUCUACCUCAGCACAAUUGUAACUGUAAGAAUGCAGGAUAUCCUCAACAAAAUAAAUGUCACAAUCGGUGUGGAGCCACGGAAAUUCAAUGCAAAGAUAUAAGCCAGUCGCAAAUGUCUCCGGGAGUAGCGAAUCCUCAAAAUAAUCCAGCAGGCGCACAGAAUGGAGGUCAGACAAUGCUGGGCAUGAGACAAGACACCUACCAGAGGACGCUGGAGUAUGUACAAAAUUGUCAGUCUUGGGUGACUGGAAACCAGGAUAUGGUCAGUAGUAGUACCCAUCCAUUGGCAAACUGCGGCGGAGAAGCAUCAACCGCACCUCCAUCAUCGAAUAUGGUUGUCAAUGACAUGACCUCUUCUCUAAGUUCCCUUUUAGAGGAAAAUAGAUAUUUGCAAAUGAUUCAAUAACAAUAAUACUGUUUUUAUUUUUUGUAAAAAUUGUACAUAUUGUGAUAUUAAUUAUGUAAUUAUGAAUUGAGUGUAUUUUGAGCAAUAUUUAAUUAGAAGGCUUUAACAUUUUGUGAAUAAGAUAAAUUUUAUAUGGACGUGUAAAGUUAUAAAUAAUUUCAAUUUUGUAUAACAAGCGAUUAUUUAUAUUGUUUAGUUUUUAAUGAAGGGAUCACAAUUUUGAUCUCAUGUUUAGAUGUAAGGCCAUAUACUGCCAUCACAAAAGAUUUUUGUAAAUUACCUAUCCUGUAAGAGUUUUAUAUUUGCGAUGGAAAAUAUUUAACACAAUAAAUGCUUAAAAUUUA